GCCAAACAGAGCCUUAAACUCUCUCUUUCAUGGAUCCUUUUCAUACUUGCCAUCAUCCAAUAGAUACGAGGUCAACCAGCAUUAUAAAAAAAAACCCACGAACUUGAUCAACAGAGGAGCAUUCAUCAUCCCUAUCUGUUUCUCCUCAACUUGCACAUCAGGUGUUUGUUGAGAUUCCCCUUUGAGAUGCCCAUUGCUUCUUUUAUCGGCAACAAUGGCCAACGACUCUCCUGUAUCUGUUGUGAUCCUGGCGGAGCUGAAUAAUAAGUCCAAUAAAAGUAGAAGAGAUGAGGUUGCUAUAGAAGUUGGCGAAGGAAAAUUGUGCAGGAUUUGUCAUCUCAGUAGAGAGAAGGGUUCAGACGAGGCGGUUCUUAUCGGAUGCGGGUGCAAGGGUGAGCUGGGGUACGUGCACCCGGAUUGCGGCGAGGCUUGGUUUAGAGUCAGGGGAAACAGGUACUGUGAAAUCUGUGGCAUGUUCGCUGAGAAUAUCAAUGGCGACGACAAUAGAAACUUCAUGGAGGUAUGGAAUGAAGGAAGGACGGUAGAAAGCGUCGACGGCGUUACUGGAGAUUUAUCUGAGAGGGGAAUUAGUCGUUGGAGGAGACGACCACUCUGUAAUAUCUUGAUGGGAUGCUUAGUUCUAGUCUCCGUUCUCCUCUGGUUCUUCCGUGUGAAAUUGUUCUGAUGAGUAGAAUUCGAAGCUCCGUGGUUCUCAGAAUUGGGGUGUUUGAGGGAUAAAUGAGAUAUCGUAUAGAGUGGGGGCUUACGGAUGAACUCGUACUGAACUAUAGCUUAUUUGUACAGCUGUAUUAUUCAUUAUUUGUUGGCAUGUUUACAACACAAUACCGUAAGUUUUAUUCUUAUUUGAG